GUUGAAAUAUAUAAUUUGCACGAUUUAAUUCACUGGUUACGAUUAGAUGUGAACAGCAAUAUGGAUUUUUUACAGUUAUGUAUGUUGUUAUUGGGCCUUGUGGGUUUCUCUUUAACGGCCAAUAUACUUUAUGUUAUUCCGUUUACGGGGAAGUCACAUUAUAUUAUGCAGAAGCCUAUAGGCCUUGAGUUGGCACGCAGGGGUCACAAUGUAACUGUUAUAACAGGACACAAGGAGGUUAAACGACCACCGAAUUACCACCAAGUAAUGGUAGACAAUAAAGAGAUUUGGGACGUUCUUGGUAUCAAGCGACCAAAUGUGUUUACAAUGGUCGAUAUGUCAGACGAAGAAUUUCAUCAAAAAAUACUUUGGACUGGUGGAUUAGCAUUUACAGAAGUAGCAUUAAAUUCGAGUGAGGUUCAGCAGUUCCUCAAAGAAGAUCACUCAUUUGAUUUAAUAAUUUCUGAGCAAUUUUAUCAGGAGGCUAUGUACGUUUUGGCUCAUAAGUAUAAUGCUCCUCUAGUAUUGAUAACAACGUAUGGAAAUUGUAUGCGACAUAAUAUUAUUUCAAGAAAUCCGCUACAAUUAUCCACUGUUACCUCUGAAUUCCUUACUGUGCGAGAGCCCGCGAGCUUUUGGGGAAGAAUGAGAAAUCUAUAUUUUACAGUAUACGAGUUUAUUUUAUGGAAAUAUUGGUAUUUAGAGAAACAAGAGCAACUAGUUACGAAGUAUGUGCCUAACUUGCGGAAACCAGUGCCCAGUUUGUAUGAGAUACAAAAAAAUACAUCUUUGAUACUGAUCAAUGGGCACUUUAGUUUCGAUACCGCUGCUGCAUACGGACCUAAUAUAAUUGAAAUUGGUGGAUUACAUUUAACAAAAGGCAAUGCAUCUUUGCCGAAGGAUCUACAAGAUCUAUUGGAUAGAUCAAAAAAUGGGGUUGUGUAUGUAAACUUCGGCUCCAAUGUACGUAGUUCAGAAUUGCCUGCUGACAAGAAAAAAGCAUUCUUGGACGUAUUCAGACGUCUCAAACAGACAGUUAUAUGGAAAUGGGAGGAGGAUACACUAGAAAACAAACCAGAUAAUCUAUUUAUUAAGAAAUGGUUACCCCAAAAAGAAAUUCUAUCCCAUGCAAAUAUUAAGGUAUUCAUUUCACACGGUGGACUAAUUGGAACGCAGGAGGCUAUUUUUCAUGGGGUACCGAUUGUUGGAAUACCGAUCUACGCAGAUCAAUAUAAUAACUUACUACAAGCCGAAGACAUUGGGUUUGGUCGAAUAUUAGAGUAUCACAGUAUUAAUGAAAAAAAUCUCUGGAGUAUACUGAACGAUGUAUUAAGUAACCCGUCGUAUAAAAAUAAAGCUCAGGAGAUUUCAAGUAGAUUUAAAGAUAGGCCAAUGAGUGCGCUAGAUACAGCUAUGUUUUGGAUUGAAUAUGUUAUAAGAAACAAUGGUGCGCCUUACUUAAAAUCUGCUGGCCUUAAAUUAAAUUGGUUUGCGCAUUAUAUGCUCGAUAUAUAUGCCUUUAUUCUUACAUUGUUUAUUAUAUUACUACUUUUAAUAAAAUUGAUAGUAGAAGCUAUUAGUAAAAAUUUAUCUAGUAAUGUAAAUAUAAAGAAAGAAAAUAAAAAGAAGCGUAAUUAA